AUUCCAAUACAAACGCAAGGAUAUAUUCGUAAAUGCGUAGAAAACAUUUCUCUUAUAAAAUCUCACUGAGUCACCUGCUAUCUAUCUCUUCUCUCUCGUUUCUGCCUAGGGUUUUAGCGCAGCUCUCGCCACUAUAAAAUUACAGUAUGGGGAAGGAAAAGAUCCAUAUUAAUAUUGUUGUCAUUGGCCAUGUCGAUUCUGGGAAAUCGACCACAACCGGUCAUUUAAUCUACAAGCUUGGAGGAAUUGAUAAGCGUGUGAUCGAAAGGUUUGAGAAGGAGGCUGCUGAGAUGAACAAGAGAUCAUUCAAGUAUGCCUGGGUGCUUGACAAGCUCAAGGCAGAGCGUGAGCGUGGUAUUACCAUUGACAUUGCCCUCUGGAAGUUUGAGACCACCAAGUAUUACUGUACUGUCAUUGAUGCUCCUGGACAUCGUGAUUUCAUCAAGAACAUGAUUACGGGAACUUCACAGGCUGAUUGUGCUGUGCUCAUUAUUGACUCCACAACUGGUGGUUUUGAGGCUGGUAUUUCCAAGGAUGGACAGACCCGAGAGCAUGCUCUUCUCGCCUUCACUCUUGGUGUCAAGCAAAUGAUUUGUUGUUGCAACAAGAUGGAUGCCACCACCCCAAAGUACUCAAAGGCAAGGUAUGAUGAAAUCGUGAAGGAAGUUUCUUCAUACCUGAAGAAGGUUGGUUACAACCCAGAUAAGAUUGCAUUCAUUCCCAUCUCUGGGUUUGAGGGUGAUAACAUGAUUGAGAGAUCCACUAACCUUGACUGGUACAAGGGCCCGACUCUUCUUGAUGCUCUUGACCAGAUCCUAGAACCUAAGAGACCCUCAGACAAACCUCUUCGUCUCCCACUUCAGGAUGUUUACAAGAUUGGAGGCAUUGGAACUGUGCCAGUUGGACGUGUGGAAACUGGUGUCAUCAAGCCUGGAAUGGUUGUAACUUUUGGUCCCACUGGACUGACCACUGAAGUCAAGUCUGUUGAGAUGCACCACGAGGCACUUCAGGAGGCUCUUCCUGGUGACAAUGUUGGCUUUAACGUGAAGAAUGUUGCUGUCAAGGAUCUCAAGCGCGGUUUUGUCGCCUCAAACUCUAAGGAUGAUCCUGCCAGGGAGGCAGCCAACUUCACCUCCCAAGUUAUCAUCAUGAACCAUCCUGGCCAGAUUGGCAAUGGUUACGCCCCAGUUCUUGAUUGUCAUACCUCUCACAUUGCUGUUAAGUUUUCUGAGAUCCUGACCAAGAUUGACCGACGGUCUGGUAAGGAGAUUGAGAAGGAGCCUAAAUUUUUGAAGAAUGGUGAUGCUGGGUUUGUUAAGAUGAUUCCCACUAAGCCUAUGGUUGUGGAAACUUUCUCAGAGUACCCCCCACUUGGUCGUUUUGCUGUCAGGGACAUGCGACAAACUGUGGCCGUCGGAGUCAUCAAGAGUGUGGAGAAGAAGGAUCCUUCUGGGGCCAAGGUUACCAAAUCCGCUGCCAAGAAGAAGUGAAUCGUGCAGUUCAACAUUACUGAAACCAAAGGCAGUUUUUGCGGAUGGGUUCUUAUUACUCAUACUUCCAAUGGCGUCUUAUAUGUCUGUUUUGCUUCUUAUAACAAUUUUCCACCGUCGUCAUGCAGCUGUUCUCAGAACUGGGUGCUUGACAGACGGUGGCAUGGUUUUUUUUUGUCAUUUUAGCUAUUAUCGUCUUUUUUUCUUUACAUUUUUGUGAUUGGUUAAAAUUUUGUUUAGCAGCUACGGAGUUUUAGUCUCUGUCCUAUGCUGCCGGAUGUCGUCUAUUACAAAGCUUUCAUGAUUGAUCCGAUC